AUGCCUUCUCUCAGGACACUCAGCAAGUUUGUGGUUGGCGGUGCACAGGUCAUCCUCGGUGGUGGAGGCCGUGUCUUGGGCGACUUCACCCAAACUUGUCCCAACGCUCAAUUGAGCUGCCACAACACGACUAUUGUGGAGAACCUGUGCUGCUUCAAUGCGCCAGGUGGGCAGAUGCUACAGACGCAAUUCUGGGAUUACUCGCCAUCAACGGGUCCAGUGGAUAGCUGGACCGUUCACGGAUUAUGGCCCGAUCUAUGCGAUGGCACAUACGAAGCGAACUGCGACUCCUCGCGCUCCUACUCGAACAUUAGCGCCAUCCUCAACUCCUUCGGCGCAACAGAUCUCCUAUCCUACAUGUCCACCUACUGGAAAGACUACCAAGGCAAGGACGAUUCUUUCUGGGGCCACGAGUGGUCCAAACACGGCACGUGCGUAAGCACCCUUGCCCCAGACUGCUACGACGACCAUAAGCCCACCGAGGAAGUCGUCGACUUCUUCCAAAAGACCGUGGACCUCUUCAAGACGCUACCUAGCUACGAGUGGCUCAGCGAAGCAGGCAUCACACCCAGCACAAGCAAAACCUACACCUUCUCCGACAUCCAAAACGCUAUCCAAGCAAAGAGACCCGGUGUCUCUGUCACCCUGGGCUGCAAGUCCGGUGCCUUGAAUGAAAUCUGGUACCACUUCGACGUCCGCGGUAGCUUGCAAACCGGCGACUUUGUCCCUGCGAACCCCGAUGGCAGUAAAUCUACUUGCCCACAGACGGGCAUCAAGUACAUCCCUAAAAAGGGCGGUGCUGAUCCUCCAUCUACCACCACAACCGUUGGCUCCCCAGCACCAACAUCUACUAACCCGUCAGGGACACCCUACAGCGGCCGCGGAACCCUCAACGUCAUGGUCAACGGCGCGAAGAAGGGCUGCAUCAUUUCAAAAGGUACCUGGUACACCACCGGUACGUGUGCGACAUUCACCGCCUCCGAUGCCGGCGACGGCUUUACCCUGAGCUCCAGCAAGGGCAAGUGCGGCAUCGUUGGAGGAGCGCUUUCGUGCGAUUCCACCGUGUCGAGCGGCACUGGGUUCACGAGUGUAGAUGGCAAUUUGGCGGCUGGAGGCAAUGCCAUGUGGAGCGCGGAUAAGGUUGCGUCAGGAAGUACACAGCAGACUGUGUACGCGGGUGGGGAUCACUCGUCGACGUUUUCCAUUACUUGGUCGUCGGCUUAGACGGAUUAGCGCUUUUGCUUUGUUGUAGUGUGUUGGUUAUAGGAAUUCUACACUAAGCC